CAUUCUUUACAAAGAUCCAUCAAAUAUUCUAUCAAAUUUAAACUAAUCUCCAUCAGUAAAUAUUUAUUGAGCAUGUGCUAGUUAUGAAGUAUAGCAAUAAAAAAUAUAGUCCCUGUGCUUAAGGGGCUCAUAGAUAAGAUGGUGUGGAUUGUGUUGCAGUACAGAGCAGCAUAUACCAGAACCAGUUACAGUUGUCCCUCCAUAUCUGUGGAUGUGGAGCCUGUGGAUGCAGAAGGCCAACUAAGGGACUUGAGCAUCCACAGAUUUUGGUAUCCGCAGCAGGUCCUGGAACCAAUUCCCCUUGAAUACUGAGGUUGGUCUCCACUCACAUCUUUUAAUCUUGAAGACUUUGAAAUAUACCUGGAUCUGCCACUUUUUUGGAAAACUGCAAUACCAAGCAAUAAACUGCCCACUGUGCUCUUGUUAUAGUAUAGAAGCUUUUGACUUCUCCAGAUCUAAACAAGAUUUUCUCCCAUUUUCCCAUGAAGCCACAUUGUUGUUUAUUCGCUUUAGUGGUGAGUGUUACUGUGCCAGCUGCUUUUGUUUUGGAAGAUGUAGGCUUCAAUCAAAUGGCCCCACUGGGAACAAAUCAUAGUUCUUUAAAUGCAUCAUUUCCCUCAAGCUUUGAACUCUCAGCAGGUUCCCACUCAGGUGAUGAUGUCAUCAUAGCCAAAGAGGGAGCUAGUGUUUCAAUUGAGUGUCUUCUCACAGUCGACCACCAUGAAGAUGUCCAUUGGUACAACUCAAAAGGACAGCAACUGGAUGACAAAGGCAGAGGUGGAAAAUGGUUGGUUUCUGAUAACUUCCUGAAUAUCACCAACGUAGCCUUUGAUGACCGUGGGCUCUAUACAUGUUUUGUCAUCUCUCCAACUCGUGCCUCCUACUCUGUCACCCUGCGUGUUAUCUUCACCUCGGGAGACAUGAGUGUCUACUACAUGAUUGUUUGCCUGAUUGCCUUUACGAUCACUCUCAUCUUAAAUGUCACACGGCUGUGCAUGAUGAGCAGCCAUCUUCGUAAGACUGAGAAGGCUAUCAAUGAAUUCUUCAGAACUGAAGGGGCUGAGAAACUUCAGAAGGCCUUUGAGAUUGCAAAACGCAUCCCCAUCAUCACCUCAGCCAAGACCUUGGAGCUCGCCAAAGUCACACAAUUUAAGACCAUGGAGUUUGCUCGUUAUAUUGAAGAACUGGCGAGAAGCGUGCCUCUUCCGCCCCUUAUUCUAAACUGUCGGGCCUUUGUUGAGGAGAUGUUUGAGGCUGUGCGAGUGGAUGACCCUGAUGACAUAGGAGAAAGAAUUAAAGAGAGACCUGCCUUGAAUGCUCAAGGUGGUAUCUAUGUCAUUAACCCAGAGCUGGGCCGGAGUAAUUCACCGGGAGGAGAUUCGGAUGACGGUUCUCUGAAUGAACAAGGCCAGGAGAUAGCAGUUCAAGUUUCGGUCCACCUUCAAUCAGAGACCAAAAGUAUUGAUACAGAUUCUCAAGCCAGCAGUCAGUUCAGUUCGCCUGAUGAUAUAGGAUCUGCCGAAUUGAACUCUAACUAUAAAGAUGGGGCGUAUGAAAGCUGCCAGCUGUGAGCUAUCCCAGUACCUACGAAAACAACUCGCAGAAAAGGAACCUGUUUCGUGUAGAAAAUAGCAUUUCACCAAAAGAUGACUGUGGUUUUCCCCUUGUUAAUAUUAAGCACAUUGGAACAUGAAUUAUUGCCAAAAUCUUUGUAAAACUUCAGCGUUUUCCCUAUCUGAUUAUUUUUCAGUCAUUUUCCUCAAGCUUGAGUAAAUGAUACAUAUUAAGAUUUGAAGGAGCCUGAGAGGUAAACAUAGUGGGGAAAGUACUGCACUAAGAGUUCCAUGGCUUCUCUUCCAGUCACGGUUCUUCCAUUGGUUAGGGCUGACACUUAUGAGGGCCUCAGUGUUCCCACCAAUAAGAUGAGGGAUUUGCAUUAGCUGUAUCUAAAGUCAUUUCUAGCCCUAUAACUUCUUACCUGUCACCUUUAAACCACCAAAAUCUUCAGCACAUCUCUAAAUAAACCCUUCCCUAGACUUUUAGUCCCUUUUUAUGGUAAGGACCAAGCCAAGACUUUAUUCCGUGAUUUAGGUUCCCAGACCAAUGCCAUGAUGCAUAGCGGUGUGGGUGUUUUUCAUGUGUUUGGCCUUGUGGAGCGUGCAAUUGUAUGUGCUAGGUUGAAUCUUCUCAGUAUAGCCCCUGUCUGUAUUAUACAGAUAGCAGGGAGCUAACUGCACAUUAGUAAACUACUUUUCACGAGUAAAUUUGUCCUUUUGGGGGAUAUAUCAUGUGUUUUCAACUUACUGAGGCAUCAUGUAGUUCAUUGAGCUGGCAGUGAUUUCCCAUCUGAUCUCCAAAAGUGAGCAGUUUGUUCCUAAGGAAUAAUGUCUUCAGUACUUUGAGAAUAAGUAGAAUAAGAAAUGAUGUCAAAUCAUCUGUCUCUGGUAAAUCAUGGAUUUUGACAUUUCUGUUAAUAGAAUUUCUCAGGCUUUCCCUUUUUAAAAGUACUGGACUCUCCAAGAGGGUUCAGUGUUUGUGAUCCCAUUCCCAAAUCUGAGGGAAACCCAGAGCUGGAUUGCUCUUCAGACCUCUGUCAAUAUCCUUGCCCUCUGUGGUCUUAAAUAUGGUGCUAAAGGUUGCAUGCCUCCUUAUCUUGUUUGUUUUGUUUAUAUUUUAUUGUUGCGGUUUUUAUUUUUGUGUACUUCAGAUAUAGAAAUCUGAGAUAGGGCUGCUUUUGUGUCAUUUCUGAGAAGCACUACCUGAAAUAAGAUUAGAUAACGGUGUGUGGUGUGUGUUACUAUAUUAAGUAUAUAGAUAUAGAUACAGAUAUAUAGAUGCAUAUACACACACUUACAAAUCUAGUCGUAAAGAGGGAGAAAAAUUAUGGGUGAUGCCACCUGAUUUAACUGUGUGUAAUAAACACUUAAGAAAAUAUUUCUUGCCUGGCUGAGAGCUGAUAUAAUGGAAUUGUAAACACUCUUUCAGAAUAAUUUCUUCAGCUCCAGGAUGCUUGGUGUCAUAUAAUUUUAAGAACUUGGCAGUGGAGCGCCACUUGAUGCUUCACGUGUCUUCAUUUGGCUUCUGAUUAUUGAAGCAUUACUUUAACUGGAGGUUCCUGGGGGGAAUGUUCAGAGGAGGUUCUAUCGGGAUUUUUAUUUAAGGUUUCAAAUGGAGGAAGGUAAGAAAUUCAAAGUGUGGUCAGAUAGAGCUCGUGCCUUCCUUUGUCCAGGCUUAUCAAAAGUAAUACAUCUGCUGUGGAUAGCAUGAAUGAAUCAGUGUGCAGUUUUGUCAGAUGGCAUUACGGAUAAAGAUGAUAAUGCUCCCUUUUCUGUCUCUCAGGCUGUUUCCAUGGAAACCUCCAGAGCCAAACAAAAGCUGCCAGUCAUUUAGCCAAAGCUUGUCUUGGCUCAUAGACCUAUAUUUCUUUAAGAAAAACUGUUCUCAUGCAUUUGGCUAUGAGAGCAAGGGCUCUUGAACAUACCCUAGAUUUAGAACACUUUUUCCCUUCCCAGAAUGUUUCUCUUGAGAAAUUAAAAAUUUUUUAAAUCCCUUGUCUGUAGUCUGCCCCCUGAACAUCGCUCAUAUCUUCAGAUAGUACCUCCAGCCCUGUCCCAAUAUAGCAGGUUUGAGGUCAUUUCUUCGAAUGUAGCUCGUCACAUUAAAGAGAAUAGAUUUACCCCCCAUGUUCUCAUAAUGGACAUGAGUGUUUAGAACUUUAAGGUAGACGUAUUUAAUGAGCAAAGUCCUGGGAGACAGGACUUCGGAAAAACAUAGGAAAUAUUGGAAAAAAUCUAUAAGUUAAUACAAUACUAUAUAACAAGUAUAGGCUACUCCAGUGUAUCCUGGAUAGAUUAUUUUAGAAACAUAAUGGUGGCUUAAUUUGGUGGCCAAAGUAACUGGAUUACUUUGAAUAUUCCAAGUUAUGGUGCCAUUGAUAAGGAAUUAAAGUAGGUCAAAAUUUAAGUGAAGUUGCUAUUACUUUCUGAAGCUAAUUUUCAAAAGGAAGAAAACUAAACUUACUAAUAUUUUCUGUGUCUAAUCAAAUACCUUUCAUAUAUAAUUAAUAGUCUCAUAUUAUCUUUUUGUAAAAUCCUUAACCUUUUGAACUUAAACUACAGUCUAAAAGUCUUUUGACAAUAAUUGUGGAGUAAUUAACCUUUGUCUCACUAGAUUUUAUAGUUAGUGAAAAUGCCUUUACUCAACAAAGUGUAUUUGAAAUAGUUCUGUCAUCUCAUUUACAAAUUUUGUUUUAUAUUGUGAGUUAAUGAACCUUAUUGUCCUUAUAAAAUGAAAUAGUAGCUUUGUGAAAUAAAUUUACCCAAAAUAGACAUGUAAACACUUUUAUAGAUUCCUUACCAACUGAAACCAGACAGGCAUCUUUUGAGCUGAUACCCUGCUUGAGUUUAUAGGCAGUUUGAUAAGGUGUCCUCCAAACUGGAUCUGUUAUAAUAGUUUAAUUCUUGAGUCAGGCCCAGCGAGCAUUUGUAUUUUAAAGUCAAAGGACACUGCUUUCCCUUUGGUCCUCCAGCCUCAGUGAACCCCUUGGUGCAGUCCUCUCUACGCCCUGCAUGUAAUUGCACCCUAGAUCAGACUUUGACUCCUGUGUCCAAGAGCAGCAUGGGAGCACAGCAUGCUUCUUUUCCAGAGCCCAGCCAGUCAUAGGUGCUAACCUUGUCUCCACACACCAGCAGUUCUAACACAAGUAGAUCAUAUUUCCUGAGUCACCAGUAAGAGAACACAGUCUUUUCUCAUCUAGGCCGGGAAUAUUGAAAAUGCUCAGCCUUAUACAUAAACUCCUAGCUUCUCCACACAUUUCAUAAAAGUAAAUGAGUAUUAUUUGGUCUGUUCAGAUAAUGUUUAAAUGUUCACCAUUUUAAUGAAUACUUAUGUUACAAUUUUGUCCUUUUUUUUAAAAAAAAAAUUGUACUCGAAUGUAAUUUAUUAAAUGUUCGAUGGAGUAUA